AUUCCAAAGUCUUUCAUGACAUUAGUUCCAUUGCUACCGCACCUCCUUCGUAUGACACAAUCUCAGCAGAUCCUAUUCAAUGAGUCAAUCAUCCGUAUUUUCCUUUCGUCGCAUGAAGCAGAAACGUACAGCUGUUCUAUCCCGCAUCCGUGAUAUUGUCUUAGCCCCUAGUUUCACCCCUUCUUCUGUGACGCCAAUUGUCAAUGCCUGCACUGCUGCUCUCCCAGCUGCCGAGCCUUCCAACAUCCUGACACAACUCAACAUCGAGGGCCACACAGCACUGUAUUGGGCAAUUGUGAAUAAUCGGCCACGAGCUGUUUGGGCGUUUAACAAGUUCAUUUCCUGCUAUUCCUCUGUUUGCACGUCCGACUUGCGCAUUGCAUGCAUGAUAACCAGCAACCAUGCAAUGUCUACGCAGCUAAACCUUGGACGUCGAAGUGAACAAAUACGUUUGAGAGGCCUUUUAGGUUGCCCGCCCAAUGGGAUUCAGGUACACACAUGUGAUGAACUCACCAAUCAGUUCAAUGUUGUUUUGCGAAUCAGGAUGUUCCAAAAACGUCUGCGUACUGCUACUGAAAAUAAGUGGUAUCACGAAUUUGUUGCAGGGGGACGCAUAUGGUGGCUGUGCUUUAUCUUGCUAAAGCCUAGUAAUGGAUUAUGGAGCGCCGAGAUCGGUUUUUGGCACAGCCAGCCAGCGCGUCUUGACGCUGUACUUUUGAUCGAGGCACACAGCCGGAAACUUGGCCGUGCAACCUCGCCUGAAGCGCUGAAAAUCCCAUCAACAUUGACAGGCACAAAGUUGCUGGCCCUUGCACCUUGGUGAUCCACCGAGCGCAUUGACUAUGUGCCUCCUCCCAAAAUGACUUGGCGCAUAUCGAAAGAGCUGGGCGAUUGGGCAAUGCACGAUACGACUGAGUAUGUAGACCACGAGGGCACCCCACAUGCGAAGCUAGAGAUAACAUUGUUAUGAAUCCAACAGUGACA